CCUUCGGUGAGGCUUCACUGUCUCGUCCGCCUCCGCCUCCGCCUUGCCCCGUCCCUCCCCGGCCUCUCCUGAUGGCUGUGGUGCUGCCGGGCCCGGAGCCUUGGAACCGCGUGAGGAUCCCUAGGCCGGGGAGCCGCAGCGCAGUGACUGUACAGGACCCCGGCGUGGCCUUGGACCUUUGUAUUGCAGCUGUUAUUAAAGAAUGCUGUCUUGUUACACUGUCGCUGAAGAGCCAAACCUUAGAUGCAGAAACAGAUGUGUUAUGCGCAGUCCUUUACAGCAAUCACAACAGAAUGGGUCGCCACAAGCCCCAUUUGGCCCUCAAACAGGUUGAACAAUGUUUAAAACGUUUGAAAAACAUGAAUUUGGAGGGUUCAAUUCAAGAUUUGUCUGAGUUGUUUUCUUCCAAUGAAAAUCAGCCUGUACCUACCAAAGCAUGUGUCGUCCCCAGCCAACCAGUUUUGGAACUGGUGCUGAUGAAGAUUUUGGGAGCCUGCAAAUUGUUACUUCGUUUGUUAGACUGUUGCUGCAAGACAUUUCUCUUGACUGUGAAACAUCUAGGUUUGCAAGAAUUCAUUAUUUUAAACCUUGUGAUGGUUGGGCUGGUGAGCAGAUUAUGGGUUCUCUAUAAAGGUGUUUUAAAAAGGCUGAUUUCUUUAUAUGGACCAUUGUUUGGAUUGCUUCAAGAGGUCUCUAGGAUUCAACCAUUGCCUUACUUCAAAGAUUUUACCUUUCCUUCUGAUAUUGCUGAAUUUUUAGGACAGCCGUAUUGUGAGCUAUUUAAGAAAAAAAUGCCUACAGAUUUUGCAGCUAAAGGAGUAACUAAAUUACUAAAUAAGCUGUUUUUAACAAAAGAGCAAUCACUAAGGUGCAGUGAAGAAACUUUACUUAGAAUUUCCAAAAAAGCUAAACAAAUGAAGAUCAAUGUACAGAAUAGUGUGGAUCUUGGACAACCAGUAAAGAAUAAGAAAAUCUUCAAAGAAAAGUCAACAGAAUUUGAUCUGAGGGCUUUCUGCAAACAACUGAAACACAAAGCUAUUCAGGAGGCCAGCUCUGAGUUUAAAUGUCCUAAAUCCCAACUAAAGGCAACCAAAAAUUCUUCUCAGAAAGCGACAGGAACUCCUUGUGCCCAAAGUUUUGUGCAAAGAUUUCAAGAGGCUGAGACUUUCAUACAACUCUCUGAAGAAAUUCAAAUGGCGAUUCUGUGGUGCAGGAGCAAAAAACUCAAGGCUCAGGCUUCCUUUCUGGGCAACAAACUUCUUAAAAGUAACCGGCUUAAACAUGUGGAAGCUCAAGGUUAUAGUUUGCCCAAGAAACUAGAGUGCCUAAAAACAUCUAUUUGCAACUGCCUUCUUCGUGGCUUAGGUAGCAAAACUUCAAAGCAUCAACUGAGACAAAGAAGAUCACAGAGCAAAUUUUUACUGAGACAGAGAAAACCACAGAGAAAGUUGCAGUCGACUCUUUUAAAGGAAAUGCAGCAGUCUCCUCAUGGGACUCAAAAUGCUACAGAUACCAGUAAACAGAGACUAUCACACCAUGCAGUUCAUAGAACUAAUCUCCAUCCUAACAGUAAUCAACUCUUGAGUAGCAGAGUUUCAAAUCCUGUCAUACAAACUAAGGAGAAACAAAGUCAUGAAACUCUUACAGGAAGCAAAGAAAAUGAAACUGAUUUGAGGACAAUGAUGCAAAUAAAUAAACAUAAUACAUCAGAAACCAUUAAGGAGAUAAAUGACAUUGAUGAUAUUUUUGCUUUAAUGGGAGUUUAGAUGCUCAUAUGUGAGACUUUUAAAUGAUUAGCAAACUAGUCCAGUGUUCUGCUGUUUUAAGUGGAACUCUUGAGAUCUGGAAAGAUCUAUAAGUACCAUUUGGACUCAGAGAGGAGUUGAUUUAGUGCAACAAUGUACAGCAGUUCAUUUCUGUUCAAUAAACAUUUAUAGUAACUUUGUGUCAUUUAA